AUGCGCCAUACGCGCAACACCAUCUUCGCGAUGGCCACUGUCGGUGCCGCCAGCGCAAAGUCUAUGGGUGACGUCUGUACCGUCUCGCACGUCCGAUCCAUCCUCCCGACGAAUGGCACCCUCCUCGGUAUCGACUUGCUUCCCUCCCUGACCACCGCCAGCGUGUACAAUGCCAGUUCGGCUUCAAGCUCCUCGGCCUCGGCUGGAGGCAUGGCAAUGGGCGGCUCUUCGUCUUCCUACGACUAUUGUAACGUGACGGUUGCGUACACUCACACCGGCAAGAACGACAAGGUGGUUGUCAAGUAUGCCUUCCCUAGUCCCAGCGAGUUCAAAAACCGGUUCUACGUCGCAGGUGGUGGCGGUUACUCGCUGUCUAGCGAUGCUACCGGCGGACUUCAGUACGGUGCCGUGUCCGGCGCUACCGAUGCUGGGUACGACGCAUUUGACUACUCGUUCGACGAAGUUGUUCUCUACGGCAAUGGGAGCAUCAACUGGGACGCUACAUACAUGUUCUCAUACCAGGCUCUUGGCGAAAUGACCAAGCUUGGAAAAGCCCUGACUCGCGGUUUCUACGGCAAGUCGUCCGACGCUAAGGUGUACACUUACUACGAGGGAUGCUCCGACGGUGGCCGUGAGGGUAUGAGCCAAGUUCAGCGGUACGGAGACGAAUAUGAUGGUGCUAUCACCGGUGCCCCGGCUUUCCGUCACUCGCAGCAGCAAGUCAACCAUCUUUUCCCAGCGGAGGUUGAGUAUACCCUUGACUACUACCCACCCCCCUGUGAGCUCGCCAAGAUUGUCAACGCGACCAUCGAGGCUUGUGACCCGCUUGAUGGACGUACUGACGGUGUAAUCUCCCGUACGGAUCUCUGCAUGCUGAACUUCGACCUUUCCUCUGUUAUCGGAGAGUCGUAUUACUGCGCUGAGCAGAACUACACCUCCCUCGGCUUCGGCUUCAGCAAGCGCGCCGAUGGAAGCACAACCAGCUACCAGCCUGCCCAGAAUGGCACUGUUAGUAAGGAGGGUGUCGCUGUUGCGCAGGCUAUCUAUAACGGUUUGCACAGCACCAGCGGCGAACGUGCUUACCUCUCCUGGCAGAUUGGUUCUGAGCUCUCUGACGCUGAUACCACCUACAACUCUGACACCGGAAAGUGGGAGCUUACUAUUCAGUCAACUGGAGGCGUCUUCGUGGCCAAGAUGGUGGAGCUUCUUCAAUUGGACAACCUCGAGAGCCUGGAAAACACCACCUACGACACUCUGAUCCAGUGGAUGGAGACCGGUAUGGUCCGGUACUUGGACUCCCUGCAGACCACUCUCCCCGACCUUACCACCUUCCAGAGCAGCGGGGGUAAGCUUCUUCACUACCACGGCGAAUCCGACCCCUCAGUCCCCGCUGCGAGCUCGGUCCACUACUGGCAGGCGGUGCGCAGUAUCAUGUACUCAGACGUUUCAUACAAGAAGAGCCUUGAGGAAAUGCAGGACUGGUACCAGUUUUAUCUUAUCCCCGGUGCUGCCCACUGCGGUUCAAACUCCUUGCAGCCCGGCCCCUACCCAGAGAAUAACAUGGAAAUCAUGAUCGACUGGGUCGAGAAUGGUGUCAAGCCAUCUCGUCUCAAUGCCACGGUCAGCUCCGGUACCUAUGAAGGUGAGACUCAGAUGCUCUGCCAGUGGCCCAAGCGCCCCCUGUGGAAGGAUAACAGCGACGACUUCGAGUGUGUGAGCGAUGCGAAGUCGAUCGAGACUUGGACCUACUCUUUCCCAGCCUUCAAGGUGCCUGUUUACUAA